AUGGGUAGACGUUUCAUCUGUGACUAUUGUGAUAAGUCAUUUCCAGACAGUUCAUUUAAUCGAAGAAACCAUCUUAAAGGUGUUCAGCAUCAGCAGGCACGAAAAGUACACUAUGAUAAAUUUCUCGAUCCCAAAGAAAGGCUGGAUAUAGAAAAAGGCAAAAAACCAUGUAUUUCUUUCCGUAAUUCAGGUUCUUGCAGUUACGGUGCUUUGUGCAGGUAUUCUCAUCUCACUGUAGAAGAAAUACAGAUUUUGGAGAAAAAAGCUAACGAUCAGUUUAUUGCUUCAUCUUACACCAGCCAUCUAAGUUCAGAAGGUAAUAUUGAUAAUCAAAUACGAUUACUGGAAGCGAAAAUACUAACUAGGCGUAGUCACCUCUGGGCUUCUGAGAAGACAGAAAUGUUCCGUAUUCCCGAAGGUAUACAAAUGGUCAGUUUGCCACCGUCACUGUUAUUCAAACCAAAUAAUCAGUACAAGUGA